GUGGAGUUUGCCAGAAAUUCUCAACCGAAGAAGAAGAAUUAGCCUAGCCGAGUUCACAAUCUUUAGCGCAUCAGAGAAGUAGAAAGGACGAUGUUUAAAAACACUUUCCAGAGCGGCUUUUUAUCAAUUUUAUACAGUAUUGGCAGCAAACCUCUUCAGAUAUGGGACAAAAAGGUGAGAAACGGCCACAUAAAGAGAGUGACAGACAACGACAUCCACUCACUGGUGCUGGAGGUGGAGGGAGUGAACGUCAGUACCACAUACAUAACAUGCCCUGCAGACCCCAAGAAGACGCUGGGCAUCAAACUUCCUUUUUUGAUUAUGAUUAUCAAGAAUGUGAAGAAGUAUUUUACCUUUGAAGUGCAGGUAUUAGAUGAUAAAAAUGUCAGACGGCGGUUUCGGGCUAGCAACUAUCAGAGCACCACACGUGUGAAGCCGUUCAUCUGCACCAUGCCAAUGAGACUGGACGAGGGCUGGAACCAGAUACAGUUCAACCUUUCAGAUUUCACCAGGAGAGCCUACGGAACCAACUACAUGGAGACACUGCGUGUACAAAUCCAUGCUAAUUGUCGGAUACGAAGAGUAUAUUUCUCCGAUAGGCUGUAUUCGGAGGAUGAAGUUCCAGCAGAGUUUAAACUUUACCUGCCUGACCAGAGCCAAAAAUCCAAGCAGUAGAGCUUCCGGAUCUGCCUCUUGUGUGUGUAAUUCCCACUUAAUGAUAUCUGCUUUAGACACAACUUUGGUAUUUUUAAUGCAAAUGUCAUGCUGAUUUUGAAUAGGUAAAACUUUAUAUAUGUAGGUGCAUUUAAUUAGUUAUGUUUAAUGUACAGUAAAACCCGUCUAAACCGUCAUCAUAUGAACCGGAUAUUCGCACUCACUGGAGAAAAACAAAAGUCCCAAUGCUUUUGUGUGGUUUUCCAUGUAAUAAACAUAGUAUAUACCGGAUUGAAAACAGAUUUUCACUCACGUUGGACAAAAUGUCCCGCCCCAUUGCAAUGCAUUUCCAUUAAAAAAAAAAAAACCUUGUAUGUAUCAGACAAAGCCUGUGAAAGUGGGUACCAUAUUUCCUUGAUUAAAAGCCUGGCCAUUAAUUUUUUUUCCUAAUCAGGCUCAGACCUGGGACCCACAGCCUGAUGCUAAAUAAGACACCACAGAGGGCUGUGAUUUGUCACUUUUCACUCCUUCCUCUUCAGUCAUAUCUUAAAAGUUUUUGCAGUGCACACACUGAUUACAUUUCGAUCACAGAUCAAAUAUGUUUGGCAGAAAAGUCCACAAAUAUGACAAACGUCACAACACAAAGUCAGAAAAUGAUGCUCAAAUGACCUGCAGUUCAUGGAGGAAAUUAUACACCUUACCUGUGAUUUGGAGGUAGAUGAUUGUAGAAAGAUGAGCUCAUUGAGGGACAAAUUAAUCCAGAAAAUUUUCAUAAAGAUGCGACGGAGAACUUUAAAACUGUCCCGCACGUUGAUGUUUUUACAUGGCACGAAGUUACAGAGCUGUAGAAGCAUAAAUAAGGCUUUAGGAUUUUAAGAUACACUCCGCAAUUGGGGAAAAAAGUGACUUGAACGAAUGUAAUCUUUUUAAUGGACAUAAUGCCCACCGGUUAUUUAAGGCAGGCUUUUAUUUUUUUUUCAGAGGAAUUUUUGACAUGAAAUUACAUAGGUCCUGAUUCAGGAUUCCCCGUAGAUUGUUCGGUGCCUCCCGAUUGUAGCUAAUCCAUUACAUAAAUAUAACAGAUUUUGUCCGUUUUAUGCAUAUAACAGAUUUCGAUUGUAACGGACAAAAUUCACUGGUGCACCUGAAUCCAUUGAGAGUUUUACUGUCGUUACCGUAAAGUAAGCUGUUUUGUGUAUAAAAGUGUGGAUGCAAUGUUGAAUGAAAGCAGUAUUUAAAUUGAAGUGUGUGUUACACACCAGCUGUUGAUACUUUCAGUUUGUCAGUGAAACUUAAUAUUUACAAGAAAUUGUGAUCUGCACAGCAUUUUAAAAGGAAGUUUAUUCACACUGUGCUGCUAUUGCUUCGGUCUGGACCAAAAUAAGUUUGUGUUGAAACAUCUUACAUUCUUUGUGUGUGAGUGUCAACACUUUGCGCUGGUUGUUGUGUUUGUUCCUUUGAAGCCGGCUGAAUAAAGUUCAUGUGUAAGCUUA